UGAGCAGACUUAUUUAGUUAACAACGUUUAUGAAAUAAACAUGUAAAUUAAUGUCGAGACUACACAAAAUAAGCAACGUCUUUCAAUAACUAGUUUUUUCUACUCGUAACAAAUUUUACAUGCGUGAUUUUUCAUGCUCGACUGCAGAUGUGCGAGCACGGCCGCGCUCGUCAAAUGAUGCUUUUUGCUUCUCACUCAUGCUUCUCUUCACAUCGUCACCCAAAGCCAAAGGAGGAAACCAGAGUGGCUGGAGAAAAACCUACGCAGGCACGUGGAAAACAUGCAAACUCCACAGAGGGAGGCCAGGAUUGAACCCGGCACCUUAGAACUGUGAGGCAAGUACAUGGUUCAAUAAGAUGCUGUGUGCUGUCAUUUUUCACAAAUGCCUAUAGUGUUAUGUCUGUCUGCAUGUGUUGCUCCAUCUUUUGUGUUCAAAUAUCUAUACUUUAAAGUGUUAUAACGCAGCAGCAAUGAUGCUAAUUGUUAGCCCUUCUGUGACGUUUUGCAACACUAUAGCAUUCAUCUAAAUGGACGUUUUGUGGUUGUAUAAAAUGCAAAAUCUGUGCAUCUUUUUUUUAUUAUUGUGACAGUGAACAAACUGGGAGUGGCAAUAAACAACUUCAAGCCUGUUAUUGAAGAAUUGUUGACUAUCUGCCAAACUGCUGAAAAACUUUGUUUACAUUUGUCCUGCUGUUCUGGAUUUUGGAGCAGUCCGCCCGGUGCGCUUGGCGGGAAAGUGGGUCAAGACUUAAAAAACAGCGCAGGAAGGAGGGGAGUACAGAGUCGAGGCCCACAAACUGCUCAGCAUCCUUGUGUUGAAUAUGAAAAUAUAUUAUAGCAUAAUGUGUUCAGUAUGCAAGCUUGAAGGAAACCAUAUGAAAAAGCUCCCAGACAAAGAGCCCUCUGUGUUCCAGCUGACCCAACACCCGGCCCCAUCCAUCGUCUGUUUCAUGAGUGAGAGGAGGGAGGUGGGAGGUGUGUUUGCAGAGUCAUAUAGGAGCUGGAAAAAAAAAAGGGGGGCAGUCCACUCGGCUACUACCUCACACAGACCGACAACAGCAGACUACAGGUGAGCUGCUCCAGUGAGUGGGCCAACAGACUCUUCUCAGCAAGGAAUACUGCUGUCGCGGAGCUUCUACAGACUCCUCACCUGCAAACCAUUCAGUUUAUCUUCACCGGGUGACCCCGGACAGGACAUGGUUUCAUGGAGGGAUUAGAUAAAGAUGCCUUUUAGCACUUUGGCAACAAUUAGACUUCGUUUGAAGCCAAAACAGGCUCCACCAAAGUAAAACAUUUGCAAACUGGGAGAAAAAUAUAAAUAAAGUGAACACAUGCCAGAAAAAGUUUCCAACCACAAAUUAUAACUCAGUUCAAGAUGAUGGCUUCCUUUAUUGUUCUUCAGUAUUAAUCCAAACUAUCAGUGAAUACACACAUGCCCUAUCAUCUAGCGAGGGGGGGGGGGAAUGGUCUGCUGUAAACACUGAAUUUGGCUGUAAUAUAUAAAAAGUAACAUAAGAUCCCAAUAGGACUGAGCUGUUUGAAUACAACGCCAUCUUUGUAAUGACCUUUGCAGAGUGAAAUCUUAUUCCUCAAAUGCAGCAAACAGCAGGACACUGCCAUAUCCACAGCUCCCUUUUCAUGUCACACUGGAGUUAUGAUCGCCAAGAUAAAGAACAGAUCUUUUCGCUGAAAGAAAAAUAAUCUGGGGGCUAGAGAUUUGGAGGCGGACAGAGAGAAUGCUUUGGUGACCAAAAUAGCAGCGGAGAAAGUGCGACGUCUGGGAAAACAAAAAGGAGUAUUAGAGAAGAUUGGGCUUUUUUUCAGCUUUCUUUGCCAAAAUUGUGCUUUUUUUUUUAAUGUGACAGUUAUCCAGUAGAAGUCAUUUGGGAAGCAUUGCCUAACCCAUAGAGGGAGGUCCAGUUAGAUAGAAAAUUAUACUUGAUGAAGACAAAAGACAGAGGAUUCUUUUUUUUUUACUACAUGAAAACACUUGGAAGGAUUUGUAUGGAAAGCAGAGCCAUGGCGGUUAGUAGCCAAUUGGAGAAAUGAGCUACUUUCCAUGACACUUUUUUUUUUUUUUGCAUUCUUCUCCGUCUCCUAGUGAAGACUAAAACAGAACUGUUGUAUUAUUUUUUUAAUCAAGCGGGAGUUUGGAUCCGAUAGGGAUGAAACACAUCGAGGACGCUUGCUUGGCUGCAGAAGUGUGAAUUGAACUUGGAGAUGGAGAAGGGACACACGUCUUUGUGUAGAGGAAUGAGUUGGAGUCCAAGAGGAUUGACAAAACCCAUCCAGGCAGCACAAGCCAGCUCGGUGGAAGAGUGCAACGCAACACAUGAAACCACUGGACUCAACACGGACCAGACGGGCAGCAAAACAAAUCUGACCAGGAGUGUCAGCUUAUCUGAGAAGGAGCUAAAGGAGGCCCGCCUGAGGAGUCACAUCAUUGCUGCUCAGCUCACUGUCCCUUCCAGCUCCAGUUCCAGAGGCGUGCAACUCUUCAACCGGCGCAAGCAGAGGGUCAGCGCCUUUACACUGGAAAGUAGUGGAGGGCAAUCAAAAGAGGACAUAAUCAGGAAUGUGAAACCCAACCUGUCAUGUAGCAAACCAACAUGGGCAGACAGAAGUCGUGAGGAAAAGGAAAGAGACUUGAAUGAUAACAAUUGCACUUCCAGUCCACUAUUUGUGCCUCCUGGGCGGAUAAAAGCAACAGGUGAUAGCAUGGAGGAACAAAGUGACCUUUACAGCAAAGAAGAUGUCACUGAGCACAGUGUUAUCCAAGAAAGACAUUUCCUUCCUGUAAAGGAAAUAGAUGAGGAAGAGGAGGAAAAGGAUACAGUGCACAAAGAACUUGAAGACAAAUUCAAGGAUGAGCUUCCACCUGAGAGAGAAAACACUAAUCCAGUUGCGAUGAGUCUUAUCGAGAGUGAGACAUCGGUAAAUAGAGGUCAUAUGGUACCAUCUCCCCUUGAAAAGAUUCCUAACGGCUGCCAUGGACCUCUGAUGAUUUCUGUGUCUACUUCGAAGCAGACCACCAUCAUCAAUCGGACUGCCAGGCCUUUUUUCUCACCAGUGACAGUGCAGUCUCAAGAGGCAAACAGUCCUGUCAUGGACAGCCUGCCUACUUGUUCUGCAUUCACUGCUCCCCAGCCAGUUGCAGUAUCAUCUCCGCCUCCUCCAACAUAUCCCACACCUCCCCUACCGGCGUUUCCAAACAAGCCUCUAACUACUGAUUACUUCAGUUCAACUGUUACAUCUCCCACUUUCCCUCCACCACUCCCUACCUGUGCUGUAUCUCACAAUCCUGCCUCACCCCUACCCCAAUAUGGACCCCCAACAACCUCAAAGCCUUCUACCUUCCUUCCUCAGCCUUUUGUGGAAAGGAAGUCGACGCCACCAAUAAAAACAGGAUUACUUGACGAUAGUGCUACCAAACGACAAAAUAAAAAGUCGAUGUUCACGUUCAAAGAGAAGAAGGUUGUGCCUCCAAACCCUGAGCUGCUUUCUCUAGUGCAAGGGGUGGAUGAAAAGAAGAAACAUAGGCAAAGAUCGGUGCCUGAACCCACGUCUGAGGAGGAGUUACUAGCUCUGGGUGCAGAGGCAUCCAACUUCCUUGCCAAAGAGGAAUACAGGACUGAAGAAGCCAAAGCUCCCGAAUGGGCCUCUUGUCUUAAAAGCUCAAGAACCUAUCCAAGGGUAGAACAUAAGCCAGAACAGACCCUCAAUGAUGCAACAGGAAAGGGCGCAGAGCUUUUUGCCAAGCGCAGAUCCAGAAUGGAGAAAUAUGUAGUUGAGAAUCAGAAUGCAGGUCACCACAUAAGAGCUCCUUCUCCAACAAUGUCUUUGCCACCAUCUUGGGUUUACCCAUCAAAUAUGCCAGGUAGGGUCAAAGCUAUUGCUAAAAACUCUGACAUGUGUGCUCAACUUGCACAAAACAUGAAAGCCCAACAAACUGCCAAGCCAAAACCAAGACAAACAGCCCCAGCAGCACAAGCUCAAGAGACACCUGCUCUUGAGAAUGGUUGCUCCAAAAUAGAGAUGGACCUGUCAAGACACCGACCUUACCAGCUUAACUCAUCCCUCUUUAUACUUAAGCCAGUCAAAGACCCGUUGAGUACCCUACCAAAAGGAGCACCACAGUCAAAGAACCAGAUGCCUCCUCAGGACCCUCAGUCUUUUUCAAGACAGACUUCCUUACCUAAUAGUGCAUCUCUCUUUCGCACCCAAUAUCAAUCUCCUCAGCUUCCUCUCAGCUCCAUCACAAGAGUAGAGUAUCCAUCGAGUCCAGCUCUUGGUCAGGCAUCAACUACUGUUACUCCAACCUGUGUGUCAUCUUCUCGGCCGGGGAUUCAAGCACCGAGGCCAAGAUUUUCUGCCAAGCAAGCUGGGAUUGAAGCGCAGAAACCAGAGUCAUCCGCGAUCAAACCUCCAAGUGAGACGCAGCUGGGCCUUACAAGGAAGUUCAGCAGCCCCGACUGCCUUGCGAGUACCACGUGGACAUCGGGUUUUCAAACUAAGUACCCUUCUGCAAACAUCUCCAGCCGGUCAGUCACAUCACCAGUUUCUUUUUCAAGGGUUGCAAGAUGCCAAUCUCCAAUGGGCAACCAAAAUAUCCAGCUUUCAGCAGUUUCCUCAGCUUCCAUAACUAGCCCGCCCCAGUCCUCUACGUCUACAUCUCAAUGCACCCCGCCUUGGGGUUCAAGAUCCCACUCCCCACUGGUAUCCCAGAAUAUCCCAUCAUCUACACAUUCCUCUGGUCAUGAUUUCAGAUUCCAAACAUCUAAUUCCUCUCGUUCGCUACCAUGGAGUUCAAGAUGCCAGUCCCCAGUAGUCAACCUACAAUCUUCAAAUGCUUCACAAAUUUCAUCUAAAGGGUCCACAAACACUUCCCCACUCUCUCCACCUUGGGGAUCAAAAUCCCAAUCUCCCAUAGUGAGCACAAGUACUGAGCAUUCCAGCCUCUUCUCACGUUCUUCUUCUAGACCUUUUCAAACAUCCACAACUGUACCUCACCGUUCUCCUCCAUGGAGUCCAAGGUGUCAAUCACCAGUGGUAAUCCAGACUGUCCAUCCUUCCACUAGUUCCUCUUCCAAACUUUCCAAAACAUCAACAAUCACUUCUCCUGUCUCGCCACUUUGUGGCUCACGUUCACAGUCUCCUGCACUUUCUCAUUCUAGUUUAUCGUUCCCCUCUGCUCACCGUCUGUCCAUAUCCUCUGCCUCCUCUCCUGUUCCGUUACCCAGGGACAGUCGCUGCAUGUCCCCAAACAAUAAUAAUUUUGACUCAAAAGCCAAUCAUCGAAUGUUGGCAAAGAACAUCAUCAAUGCAGCCAAACGUAAAAACAGCCCCUCUCCAGGUGCACUGAGCGGUCACAGCUUACCUAUCUCACCAGUGGGAUAUUCCCCCUAUGGCUAUGACUGCCAAAAAUUCCAGUCGCAACCCCUGGGGGGGCUGUCACCGACCUUUACCAGUCCUUCUCAGACCCCAACAGACCGGAUCUGCUCGCCCGUAAGGCUCUACAACACACGCUCCCUGACUGACUCUGAUGCGUCCAUUGAGUCCGAGGACUCAGGCCUGCGGUCACCCGGCACGCACUCUUACAACACUUGUCCCCGUGUUUGGGGUGGCAGUUUGAGGGUGAAGAAAAGCACAAUCUCUACUGACCUGUGAGCUUGUGAAUU